GGUCCGGAGGACUGGCGAGUGGCUUGCCUCUGCGGCACGCAGGAUGACGACGGAGAGCGGAUGAUCGCGUGCGACAUGUGCGGCGUGUGGUCGCACACUCGCUGUAAUGACAUUCCCGACGAGGUGGACGAGCCGCCGGCCUUCGUGUGUAGGGAGUGCGCCGCCGCCUCCACAGCGGCGGCAGGG